AUGCUUCGGUUUUCACUGUAUCGUUUGGUGGUGCUAUUGUGUGUGGCAACCAUUAUCUACACGGCGACUCGCUGGUGCCAAAUCCUGUUUGGUCGGGGAGAAUCCGACAGUCGCCACUUUCAGCAUACCUGCAAUAUGACCGAACUGUAUCGGCACGAGCUGGAACAGCUGUUCGAAAGAGUGCACCGGCUGCUGGUACAGCACGGGCUAACACACUUCCUCUGCUACGGUACGCUUUGGGGCCAGAUACACAUGGCAAAGAUGUUACCCUGGCGGGAAAAGGCGGAAUUCUGUGUGCUAAAUGAAGAACUGAUGCGCCACGAAGAGGCACGCUUCAUACGUAAUUUCUAUGCCAGCGAGCUACAGAUCCACUAUCUGCACUCGGAGGGCAUCUACAGGAUAUUCGCCAAGGAGCCCACUGCACCGCAUGCCGCACCAUACGUGGAGUUGGUCGUAUUCCAGCUGGACGAAACGCAAGGAAUGUACAAACGUAUCGGUUGGAAGAGACGGGUGUUACCACCGCAUUGUGACUGGACACCGUCCUUGGAAUGUUUUCCCGUCAAUCUGCUGCAGGGUACGCUGCCCAAACGACCACUCGGACGAUUCCACUACACCGUACCGAUGGGUGGUAUCGAGCUGCAAAAGUACCACUACCCCGAUAAUUGGUGGAAGAGCGUUAAAGUUCGCAACUGCAACCUGCACUAA